UCCCAAACCGACAUAUAAUUAGUUUGGGCCGAUGGUAGAUUCAAUCAAAAUAAUCAGCUUAGGUCAGAAGGGUCAAUUCAGUCGAGAAAUCAGCAAACGACUGUCGCUCUAAACUGAAUAAUCUCGAAUCGUUCGGAGUUCUUGCUAAAACCCUCAAUUAAGAGAGACCCUGAACGGUUCUCAAAUUAUCUUGUAUUAGUAUCACUGUCGAAUUCAUCAGCAAGAAAAACGAAGGAAGUGAUUUAACUUAUCACAAAAACUAUGGCUGAAGACGGACCCAACUGGGAUGGAUUGCUGAAGUGGAGCAUUGCUAACUCUGAUGGAACUCGACCCACUCGUAAUUUGAGUGAGGAGGAUAGAAGAUGGUUUAUGGAAGCAAUGCAAUCGCAGAGCGUUGAUGUGAUUAAGCGAAUGAAAGAGAUAACUUUGGUGAUGCUAACUCCAGAGCUAGUCUUGGAAGCUCAAGGAGUUACUGCUGCUGAUAUUGAAGAUAUGUUGAAUGAGUUACAAGAGCACGUUGAGUCUAUUGACAUGGCAAAUGAUCUACAUUCGAUUGGUGGUUUGGUCCCUCUCCUUGGUUAUCUGAAGAAUUCGCAUGCCAACAUUCGAGCAAAAGCAGCAGAAGUUGUAUCAUCUAUUGUACAGAAUAAUCCUCGGAGUCAACAGAUGGUUAUGGAAGCAAAUGGCUUAGAGCCUCUCCUUUCUAAUUUUACCUCUGAUCCUGAUGUAACUGUUCAAACCAAAGCACUUGGUGCAAUAUCUUCUUUAAUCCGCCAUAAUAAACCUGGUAUUGCAGCAUUUCGACUUGCAAAUGGUUACGCUGCCUUGAGAGAUGCUUUGGGAAUUGAGAGUGUAGGAUUCCAAAGGAAAGCCUUAAACUUGAUUCAUUACCUACUGCAUGAAAAUAGUUCAGAUUGCAGUGUUGCAAUUGAGCUGGGGUUUCCCUGCAUAAUGUUGCAUCUUGCAUCAAGUGAGGAUGCAGAAGUAAGAGAAGCUGCUCUCCGCGGCCUUCUUGAGCUUGCUCAGGACAAGACAGGUGGGAACAAUGGUGGAUUAGGUGAAGAAGAUGAGAAGCUGAAGUAACUUCUUGAAGAACGAAUUAAAGGCAUUAGCUUGAUGUCUCCUGAUGAUCUUGGGGCUGCGGAGGAAGAGAGGCAACUUGUGGACUCCCUUUGGAGUACUGCUAAGGAGCCUUCUUCUCUCAGAGAGAAGGGACUUCUUGCUCUUCCUGGUGAAGAUGCACGUCCACCUGAUGUUGCCAGCAAGCAUUUUGAACCUCCUCUCAGAGGUUGGGCUGCAAAUCACACUGUUGAUUCCAAGUCCAGUACAAAAAAGCAAGAGACUCCUCUAUUAUUAAGAGCAGGCACUACAGGCUCCAACUGAUGCUGCCAAUAUUCAAGGUACCACAAGCCAAGAAGCUGAAGCUGAAGGGCAGGCCUAAUAAUAUAGGCAAUAGAAUUUGUUUGUUUUCCUCUAUUUUUCACCUAGAAUUGUAUUUUCGUCUGUUUUCUGUUUUUUGCUUACUGUAUCAUAAAUUUUAAAUCUAAUAUAUGAUCUUCUCCACUGGCUUCUUG